ACAAUUGAAAUCAGGGCCUCCAACGUUUAAAAAGUUGAUUGAUGCGCUUGACACCCAUCUUCUUAGCAAUACCCACGCGCCGCCUUCUACUGAUUCAUACCGAUCUGUUCAUCUUCUGCUACUGAAAGAGCACAAAAGGGCCUGCCUUUAUGAAUCCUGGACCUUUGGAUGAGAAGAAGAUAUGGGCGGAGUUACUUCUUCAAUCGCGGCCAAAUUUGCCUUCUUUCCCCCAAACCCACCUUCCUACACUUUGAUCUCCGACAAAUUGUCCCAUGGUCGAUUUUCUAUUCCCGAGGUUCCCAUGAAGGAAAACGUUGAUGUUCUUAAACUUCGGACUCGGCGAGGCAACGACAUCGCAGCGGUAUAUGUUAAGCAUCACAAAGCGACAAGUACUAUGCUCUACUCACAUGGGAAUGCUGCUGAUUUGGGUCAGAUGUUUGAGCUCUUCGUCGAAUUGAGCAAUAAACUUCGCCUCAAUGUCAUGGGUUAUGAUUACUCCGGCUAUGGAAGGUCAACAGGAAAGCCAACUGAAUCUAAUACAUAUGCAGAUAUUGAUGCUGCAUAUAAAUGCCUAAAAGAGCAAUAUGGGGUGAAAGAUGAUCAACUAAUAUUAUAUGGUCAAUCUGUUGGUAGUGGUCCGACGCUUGAUCUUGCUUCUCGAGUACCAGAAUUGAGAGGCGUCGUGUUGCACAGUCCAAUUUUGUCGGGGAUGAGAGUGCUGUAUCCUGUAAAACGGACAUACUGGUUUGAUAUUUACAAGAAUAUUGAUAAAAUAUGCUUGGCGAACUGUCCUGUUUUGGUCAUACAUGGGACAGCAGAUGAAGUUGUGCAUUGGUCCCAUGGAAAGAAGCUUUGGGAGCUUUGCAAGGUAAAGUAUGAACCUUUAUGGGUAAGAGGUGGUGGCCAUUGUAAUCUUGAGCUGUACCCUGAAUUCAUUAAACAUCUAAAGAAAUUUGUACAGACAAUUGCCAAAUCUAAAGCCAAGGCUAAAGCAAUUACAGCUAAUGGAACUAGCAAGGGUGAUUCUGUAGAGACUGAUAACCAAGGCAAAGCUACGAAAGAAGAAUCUGAGAGUGGAACUUCUGAUGCUGCAUCUGUAUUGGGUGCAGUGCUUCCAGAAGCUUCUAGAAACAGUUUAGAUAGUCGCCUUGAGAAGUCUAGAAAUUCGAACAAACCUGAAAAGUCUAGGAUGAGCACUGACCUUAUUGAUAGGUUUAGGAGAAGAAAGGGAUUAGUGUGGUAGUAUCUUACUCAAACAUCACCCACAGCAACUAAUCUGGGAGGUAUCAUCUCAUUGACACUAAAUUAGAUCUUUGAUACUCAUGCAUAACGCAUUCACAAAUAAUAAUAAAAAAAAUAUGUACAAGACUCAUAUUUCAUCUUCAAAUCUGUUACUUUUUCUUUUCCCUUCUCUUUUAGUUGUACAAUAUGUAUUAUUUUAAUGAAUGUUAUGGGCGUUAGAAUGAUUGAAAAUAAUAUGCUAAUUAUUCUGUAA